AUGUGGGACCUCGGCGAUGAACUAUUACAGCAAGCUCCGGCGAAUGACCUCAAGGAUGUUUCCACACCUUGUACCGGUAAUGCCAUGUCUCUCUCAUCUAAAGGACAUUAUAUUGACAAGGCAUGGGGCAAGGACCGAUACCGAGAGCUCAUGAGAGUCGCCCGACAGUGGAGGCAGUUGAAGACGAUGAAAUGGCAUGGCUUCGGCCAUUGUUCCGACAGCCCGAAUGCAGGAGAUCUCGCAUUAUUUUGCCCGGCAUGUCCUCAGCCUGGGAUUAAUGUGUCCUUCUCAGGGGAUGAAUCACUUGAUGAAAAUUUCAAAGCUGAACACCUGCAUCCCAUGAAGCCAUUUGAUGAAGUUUGGCUGUCAGAUGGGUUGGGAUUUAUGGUGGGAAAGGACAGGUAUAAAAUGCAUCUUGCAGAGGCUGCCAACACUUUAGAAAAAUCAAGCUGCAACAAUCACCAGGCAGUAAAUCAAGCAAAUGCGGCUCGGCACAAGCUGGAAUCCACGGGUAUCGGGGGAGUAGCCUGUAUUUUCAGAAAGGCGAAAGGCAAGCCGACCCAGCCAUUCGAUAUUCACGAACAAAUGAACAUGGACUAUGCCCUUUGUGAGGCUGCCCGGCACAACAUGGAAGGCAUCACCAGGGCGGUCACCUUCUAUGAUAUCAACUGUCAAUACAACAAGCACUUUCGGGUUCGGGUGGAUCGAAGCCGAUUUCUCGAAAUGAUUCCGGAAUUGACCAUCAUUCCCGGAAUCGGGUUGUGGCACAUCCACGGACAUCAGGACAGCUGCUAUGUCCGAUAUGCGUCGAAUUUUAUUGAAGGCAUCGGUCGGAUUGAUGGAGAGAUCAUGGAGACCCUAUGGUCACGUCUCAACCUGAUUUCCCCCUGCUGCUCGGGAAUGUCAUCCCCGCAUCGAAAGGAAUGUCUCGAUUAUCAGAUGAAUGAUUCCAAUUUCUGCAAGAUGAUCCGCAUGAAAAGGACCCUUUGCCAAAAAUACAAUGAAAAGGCUUUCGACAUACUCAAUGAAGCAGCACCCGGCGAUUCAAAGACAGAGUGGCUAGCCAGCGAGAGGAUCGCUCAGUCCAGCAGAAUAAAUAAUCCUGCGGCUAUGGAUGUAUAUGAGAUUAAUAUCAAGAAGGCACCGAGCAAAAAGGAGAUCGAGCUUAGGCUACUAGAGGAGGGUAAUGCCCGAAAUGCAGCACCUGCUCGCAGGUCUGUGGCGACAUGGAUAUCAAUGGGGUUGGCGAUUGAAGAGGCUCAAAUCGCAUUGCUCAUCGAGGUCCGAAGAAUUGGUAGAAGAACUACCGAGACACAGAAGUUAGACAUCGCCCGGCAACGCGAUCGUCUCCAAGGCCAGAUAGAUGGAUUCACUCGGUCUGCUAUUACGCAUCUCGGAGAGGGAUUUGAUGCAGAUGAUGAUCCUGAAGACUUGUACUUGGACAUUCUUGAUGAUCUCGAUGAUGACUUGGCAGACUUCACCGAGACAUCUGACACAUGGGCAAACUCCCCUGAGCUCACUGUAAUCCCAUUGCCAUCAAACCUUGGGGUAGAUCGAUGCAGACGCUGUAUGGCAGACGAUCUCAUUCCGCUGGAGAUGUCUCUUUUUAGGCAAGCCAAAUCCCAGGCCCUGAAAACUCGAGCUUGGUCCCAGGUGACGUCGGUGCAGCAGGCAGUGUCCCUCCAUGCCAGUAUAUACACGAAGACGAGGAAGCAAAUGAUGCAACUGGAGCCAGGGCAAGACCAGGUCCAGAAAUACAACCCCUGCUUUGAGAGCAACUCAAAAUUAGCACUGCCGUCGGCGAUCCAAAUGCCCAAGGUCAGCAAAACGAGUCCCUCGCUUGGUUCUGGUCAGUCGAAGUCGACCUUGGGGGUCCCGAUCACUCGUGGAAUGAGGAAUGCACUACGGGAUCGAUGGAAGGAAGAAAUGAUGUUGGUCCAAUUGGAGAUGGAUUGGACAUGUAACUUUUUCUUGUGGAAAGCAACCCAAUGGGGUGACAGGAUGCGCGAGUCAUUGGUGAAACACUUCCGGGUCAUGCAUGCUACUCGGGAAGGCAAUCCCAAAUUUGAUUCCCGAGCUCACCUGGAACAUGGUUCCGGACCACAUCUUUUCAUCCCACCUAUGCCAGUUUCAAGACGUUGCAGAUCUGGGGAUCCCUCCCGCAUUGUAUCCACCUAUGGUACUCCAUGGUGGACCGGAUCAACUGCCAUCCCGAACGAAUUAUGGCCAUGGGAUCAGUCUGGCUUUGAGGACGAACAUCUUGUUGUUCCCGAGCAGGUGGAUGAAAGCUCGCUUGCAAUGCUGAAGGCACUGAGGUGGAUGAGGGAACGCCUCCUGACAGUGAUUGAGGAUCAACAAGCUGGCAUCCGUGAAAAGAUGGCAGAGAUUCAGAUGUACACCGCCGUCCUAACCAAAUUGAACCCAAGGGGACCAGAGUAGUUCUAGUCCUUCAGUUCAGAAUGUUGAUGUCUAAAUUCUG